GUCCCUACACGAAUUAGGCUUUCAUUAAAACAGAACGCCGAUACAGGCAAAAAUAAGUCAAAAUCGAAGCGUUCAGAAGUUUCUGAAGAUGCACUGGAAGGAAGUGAAUUCGACAUAGAGAUGCGUGAUGCAGUGGUGGAUCAUUAUGAUUAUGAACAGGAUACUGUAAAGGAUAUUAAUGAUUCCACACUAAAUAUUAACGUUGGAGAGACUGGCAAUACGAAAAUAGACACAUCUAAAUCUUCGACAACUAACUCAAACAAGAUGGUCCUGAAGCUAAAAUUCAACUUAGACUCACCCCCUACUAUGAAAAAGCAUAAGCACAAACACAAGCAUCAUAGGGAACAAGCUGAAAGUUCUUCACAUUCACACAAAAAAGCUACCGGCAAACGUACGACGCGCGAUUCUUCAAAUGAUGAGUCUGAUAAAAAUGUCGAUCUAUUCAAGGAAGACGAUAACAAAUCUUCUCAUGUACGAAAAAAGGCUAAACGCCAUCACAUUGAUGAGAAAAUUGAGAUUAAUGGGGAAAAUAGAAAUAUAGAAAAAUGUAGCGAUAGUGUCAAGCGAUAUGUAGAUGAUAAAACCAAAAAGACAGAGAAAAG